AUGGAGCAAAAACAUCAAGACGUGAUUAAGUCAAACUACUCAACAUUGGUGAAGAAAAUGAUGGCUGUUCCUGUUGCGGGGCAUCUUUACGCCUCAAACAUAAUUACUGAUGAAAUGAGACAACAGAUAGACGCUGAGAAAACCAGCUAUGACAAAAACAGGAAAUUGAUCAGCAUCAUUUUACGUCGAGGUUCGAGAGCUUUUAUGGGCCUUAGAACGGCAUUGAUGAAAGCCAAUCAAGCUGACUUAUCCCGACUCCUGAUGAAUAAGGAUGAUGACACAAAGUCUGAGUACGAAAAGAAGCUGGCCAUGGCAAGAUCAUUAGUCGUCAGUACUAAAGAAAGAGGAGGUUCCAGAAACGAAUCAAAGAAAGCUGAUCAUCAACAGUCUCAGGAGCCAAGAUGUAGGAUAAGUUUGGACGACUUUAAUGAUCUAUUCCUCACCGUCAUGCCUUUCAAGGGGGAGAUUUACGUUCACAUCCGUCACCUCGUAGAAUCACAUGGUCGUUUCAUUGCCACCAAGAAGGGAGUUACCUUUCCUUUAGCCCGUUGGUUAAAGUUUGAAUCUCUUUUACCAGAUAUUCAAGACUACAUAGACAAUACUGGAAAAGAGGAUGAAGAAGCACAGUGGCAUGUUGGUGGAGGUGUGUUCGUUUCAUUAUCACCAGGCUAUCCGACAGUGGACAUAAGACACUUCUGGAAGCCAGACAAUGUUCAAGAACCUAUACCUACAAGGAAAGGUGUUACUCUGAACAAAAACAAAUUUGUCAGACUUAGAGAUGUCAUCGAGGAGAUGCAUGAAUAUGUUCCAGAACUAAAGGACGUUGAACUUUGCAUGCUCAGUGAGUCUCAUCAAAAUCAACUUGGAAUGUUAAGCUGUCCCGAAUGUACCCCCUUUGGCUACGACCCACAAGACAACAUGUCAAUGGAAUGUAACGCGGGUGAUUUACCAGACAUGGAAACCAUCGAGAGUGAUCUUGAAUGA